CUGGGGGAGAGGUGCAACACACACACACACACACAGCUGCUCGGAACCAUGACAGAAGAUGACGGAUACAGUUGUCGCGGAGGGACAAGUCAAGUUUAGAGAUGGAAAAAAGUGGAAGACUCGGUGGCUCGUUCUUCGGAAGCCCUCUCCGGUCGCAGACUGUCUGACUCUGCUGGUGUAUAAGGAGAAGAAGAAAGGGAAGGAGAAGGGCAGCGGCAACAAGGAGAGGCUCAGUGUGACACUGGAGGGGAUCUGUGGCGUGGAGCCAGGGACCGGGUAUGACGGGGUAUCCUUCACUCUCUCCAUCCUCUGUCUGGCGCACACGCUGGUCCUGGGCUUCAACAGCCGAGACGCCCUGUUAGCCUGGGAUGCCCGCAUACGCUACAGCCUGGGAGAAGUCCACAGGUUCAAUGUCAAUGUCGAGCCAGGUACCAAACUGGAAAGCGGCCCUGCCUCCCUCCACUUGUGCAACAACUUACUGGUCCUUACCAGAGGCGUCCCUCCUGUCGUCAUUGGCCACUGGAAGUUGUCGGCGUUGCGUCGAUAUGGUGCAGUGCCAAAUGGCUUCGUGUUUGAGGGAGGGACUCGCUGUGGAUACUGGGCUGGUGUUUUCUUCCUGUCCUGUUCAGAUGGAGAGCAGAUCAGUUUCCUGUUUGACUGCAUUGUCAGGGGCAUCACCCCCAGCAGGGCCCCUCAUGGCCUGCGACCUGCCCUGCCAGAUCCCAAUGCUGACCCAGCUUCAGCAGAGGAACGAAUCAGCCAGGAAGCAUCAGAGCUGGAGAAACGACUCAGCAUGUUGUCUCACUGCAGCCUCGCCAGCAGCACAGCUUCCACUUACAGCUGCAGUACAUCUGUUGCCGGGGACGACCAAAGCAGCAUCUCCAGCUCCUCUUCCAGCCAAUCAGAUGCGAGCUAUGGAAGCAGACUUCCAUUUUGGGUGGAGCCGUUAGCUAGGCCGCACCUCUCCAACGAGACAGCAUCAAGCUCCUCCACGCUGAAGGCUUUGACCAGUUCAGAUGACCGGCUUUAUGCUGCUGUGAUGGGAAGCUCCGGGACUCGCCCAUCCUCCGCCCAGCUCCAUCCUCGCGGUCUCCAUGACAGCGGGCGGCAGAGCUCAUUAGACAGUGGGAUUGGGAUAGCGACAGGCAGUCAGUCGUCUUACUCAGGGAGCUUCUCCUCGUAUACGGGGAGUCUGGACACAGCCAGUCAGGGAGGCGGAGAGGAGUUUGGUUCCUUGGCCAGCUUACCUGCUCCUCCUUCUUCACCUCCUUCUGUUCCUCCCCCCACUCCUCCUCCUCCUCCUCCUCUGCCAACACUUACCCCAGAGCACAGUUCUGCUACCUCCUCCUCCUGCCCUUGUGCCUCAAGACCUAGCUCUUGUACGUCCCGGAGGCGCAGUGAGGAGUAUCAAAUCCCCAGCCUGCUCAGACUGUGGUAUGACACUCCCAGGAGUCUGCUCCAGACCCUUUCCCUGAGGGAACCCUCCGUCUCUCAAGAAGGCCCACCUGGGCAGGGCAGGGACAGCAGGAGCAGUGUAGAUGGAGGGGGUAGUCAGGGACAAAGGUUGAGCAACAGCCCCACAGGAAUCAGGGCCCACCGUCAGGCCAUGAUGCAGCGCUCGAACUCCUGGGGCAGUGAGAGGGCGCCCUCUGUGGACAGUGGGGGGAGGUCCACACCCAGAGCCCUGCUGGUGCCUGAAGGCUUGGUUUGUGGAGAAACACAGUGCGGUCAUGACAACUACAUUACACCAGAGCAGUGGCGGUCAGCGAGGAACAGGUGCUUAACGACUCAGGUUGCCAACUCACCGACAGGCCUGUCACCUUCUGCAGAUAUACAAGAUCGUCCUCUCUGUGUGAGUGAGGAAUAUGAUUACGUUGGGCAUGUUGGUGAUAAACUGGCAGGUCUGAAGAGGUUGCUGCCCUCUCUGCCACCCUCUGCACCUCCACCCCUGCCUGUCGGACUGAGCAAGCAUAGGCCAACAUCAGCCUGUGGUAUGUUCCAGUCUGCCCAUGAAUCUCCUCUGUCUGUGUCCCUGGACACUGGGCUCCAUAGUGACAGCACUGGUAAUUAUGUUAACAUCCCCAUUAGCCCCCUGCCAGCUAAAACUAACAGAGAGCUCCUCUACACGGAGCUGGACCUGCAGGAGCCCAGAUCAGCUCCAGUCUCCAGUCGGUGCAGUGCUGUCAGAGGUAACACUUUGCAGCUCUGCAGACCCAAAGAGGGCUCCAUCAGGUACGCCCACCUCGACAUCACUGCCAUGGAAACAGCUCAGAGAGUGGGGGCGGAGCAUGUUCAGGGCAGGGAGGACAGACUGACUCAACUGGAGAGCAGGCGACGAGGGCCACCAAACUGACUCUGCAACGCCCAACUCGUUGCCACUUCAAACUUGUUUUCAUUACUCAUUCUCUCCAUCUCUCUGAAUAAGCUAAAAUGCUCAAUUGCAGUUGUUCAUCAUGGCAAUCAUCGUUGCACUUAAACACACCCACAGUUGUGCCAGUGUACAGCAGUUUCCCCACCAACAAUCCAUUCCACUAAAAAAAUACAAAAAACAGGAAAUGUCUGGGAAAUCUCUUAUGCAGCUGCCAUCUUGGAUGUGUUUUGUGUUCUGUUGUUUCUUCUCAUAUACUUGUACUUAAAUUAGUGCUUUCCUGCAUUUCUCUUGAUGACCUUUAACCCAGAAUUGUUACUUUUUUUUGGCUGCAUGGCACUUAUGUCGGCUGAGGUUGGAGGAAUAUUCUCUCAGGUUGACUGUUGAGCAUUGGUAUAAAUGUCAUUAAUUAUGAGUGAAUGGCACCAAAGACUAAUGUUUACCACUGAUAUUAUAGAGACAAAGAUAGACAGCAGCAUUGCUUGGCAUCAAGUUGUACUUUGUUAAGCUGGAAUUUAGAUCUACUUUCUUCAGACUGUGGUGUGGCUCUAUCUGUUGUUACCUCUCUUAUCAAGAGGUCGCACACUGCCACUGUUUAUAUUGAAAUGAUCUAUCACAGGAUUGAAGCAGAAAAUGACCACACAAUGAAAUCAAGCCCCCCCUCAUCACACUGACACUGUUAAGAGUCCCAGCUUGCUUGGCUAUCAUUCCACAUCAGAGCUUAAAAGCAUUCGAUUGAAAUAAGCAGCUUAGAGUUAUAUCUCAGGAGCAAAUUACAUUAAUCCAGACCCAUGUGGCCCAAGCAGGACAUGACUGAGUAAUCAGCCAGCCAGUAACAUUAUUCAUCACAGUAAUCAAUGUCUCUGCUUCUGCUCUGUGAGAGGGCAGGAAUUGAUGAAUGGAAAAGCACAGUGGGUGUUCCAAUUUCUCACCUCCCUCUUGAUAUCAUCAGGACAAAUUGCCCAAUAUUUGAUGCCAAUUUAUUUUUAUGAUGGCGGUUCCCUACCACUGUGUCUGAGGAGAAGAUGAUGAGAAAAAAACACAACGUGAGGAUGAGUUAGACAAACUUUAAAUUUGACUAAGAACGGCUUGUUAAUGCCGCUACAGGGUUAGCAUUGGCAAAGGGGUCGAUUUCUCUACAGGACGUGUAAAUAGUAACUGCUUUUAUUUAUGCCAAUACAAUAUGAAUGAUAUUCAACUAUAUUUUUAAAAUAUUACAGUUUGUAUGUUUCUGCCACCUGUAUCUUAUUGAAUAUUAAAGGUUGCUGUUACAUUUUAGGUUUCAGUGCUUCUAACCUGAAUCUGCAAAGCAUUCUUCAUUUUAUAUUGAUUAGACAAUAGCAGUAACUCUCACAAUAUUAUUCAAUAUACAAUAUUUCAGCAAACCAAGCUAUGAGUUACUCCAGUAGUAACAGCUUAUCUGAUGCAGCAUGUAUUACUUGCACAGCUAAUGACAGACGGGUGCGGACAAAUUGUCUGGCCACCAAAGUGCCAAUAUUCCCACAGGAUGAAGUUCUCAUGCAGUCGGUAGGCUGUUUCCCAGGACCUGAACCAUCCCUUAGCAGCUAAACUACAUCAUUUGCACAUCUACAUCAAGAGUAACUCAGCUCCUCAGCCACCCACACAAAAGUUGGCUUUCUCUGAGCACAUUCUCACCCAGACAUUUCUUCUACACUGUCAUUGGUUGUACAAAUAAGUGUUGCUGCAGAGAACCAGACUAAAAACUAUUCCACCUUUAUCUGAUCUGUACCAUGACUGAUAAUGUGACCAGUAAGUCAUCACAAUAAGUCCGCCUGAUUUAUAAGAAAUCUCUCAUUUGUAUAAUAUGUACAAAAAAACCACAAUUCAUUCAUUUUCAUUUCUAAACAAAUCAACAACUAGUAACACUAGAAAAGUAGAAAACAUUGAUUAUUUUUUUUUUUUUUACAGUAGUUAAGGGGAAUGGGAGAAUGUAACGUGUGUGUGUGUGUGUGGUUGUGGAGGGAAUUAUUUCAGUUCAUUCAACCUUCAAUGACACGAUGAUCCGAGCCUCUCAGAGCUCAUUGUGCUCAAGUCCCUGCUGAGAGAUCUUGUUGGACAAGUCCUGCAUAUGUUUCUUCAUCUGAAAUCAGACAAUGAAAGACAUAUAUGUGAUCAUUUAACUGCUGUAGAUCUGUAGCUGUUUGUGUGGUGGCUGACAUUAAUAGUCAUAAUUGUGCACUUUACUAGUUAAGGUUUUGGUUGCUUUCAUGGUAAAUUAAGAUUCAGAUAGUCAAUCUUCUGCAAUGUCAAUCUUAUAGAAAAGGUAUCUAACCACACUUGGCUUUGUAUGUACUAUUUUAUUUAUACUGUGUUUUUAAUGUUUGUUAUAUAUGAUUGAUGAUAUAUGUUAAUACCUUGUGGUAUUUAAUUUAAUUUUGGAUGCUAUAUUUUAACAUCCCCAUCUUAAAGAUGAAUAAAAUGUGACACAUUUAUAAAUCAAUCUCAUAAAUAAUAAAUUGCUUAAGAUUGAUCUCUAAUUAA